GUGGCCACAGAGCGGGCAGCAGAGUCCAAUGUGGCUGUCGCGGACCAGGGCUCGGAGGACCCGAACUGCCCGCAGUGGUGCUUCCUCAGCCGCAGGUACUGGCACGUCAAGUGCACGUACUCGCACUGCGCGAACUGCGCGAUGUGCGGCCCGUACGACCACGACCGCAGGGAGGCUGCCCUGGAGACCGAGCAGCAGCAGCUCCUCGGCGGGCGCUCCGCGGGAUCCUCCGCCGUCGCGGAGUGCACGUACGAGGGGUGCGCGAAUUGCCCGAUGUGCGGCCCGUACGACCACUACCCUAAGGAGGCUGCCCUGGAGACCGAGCAGCAGCAGCAGCUCCUCGGCGGGCGCUCCGCGGGAUCCUCCUCCGUCGUGGAGGUGGCCACAGAGCGGGCGACAGAGUCUAAUUCGGCCGUCGCGGACCGGGGCUCGGAGGGCUCCGCGGGAUCCUCCGCCGUCGUGGAGGUGGCCACAGAGCGGGCAGCAGAGUCCAAUGUGGCUGUCGCGGACCAGGGCUCGGAGGACCCGAACUGCCCGCAGUGGUGCUUCGUCAGCCACGAGUUCUGGCACGUCAAGUGCACGUACGAGGGGUGCGCGAAUUGCCCGAUGUGCGGCCCGUACGACCACUACCCUAAGGAGGCUGCCCUGGAGACCGAGCAGCAGCAGCUCCUCGGCGGGCGCUCCGCGGGAUCCUCCGCCGUUGCGGAGGUGGCCACAGA